UUUCUAAUUUUUAAUAUUUUACUGACACAUUUCAAAACAUAAGUGGUCGCUUGCAAAACAAAAAUAGAUGCAAAAGCACUGGAUCUGUUUUACCUACUUCCAUUCAUCUCCUUCUCAAGGUUGCCGUAGAGCAUAGACCCAGAGGUAAAACCUCUCUGUUACUCUCAGUCGUUUUAGGAAAAUUAAAGAUUCAGAUCACGUUAUUCUCGGUCGUUUAAAUCGUUUUCUGUUUCAGGGCAACGCACCUUCUUGGCGCGUACAAAUUUUUGUUCGACGAUAAAUUCUUGUAUAAUGGCCAAUGAAGAUAAUCAGACUCUCCAUGCCCAGCUUUCAUCUCAUUUUUUCGAGGAUUUCCUCGAUUCUAUUAUUGUUGAUGUUGCAUCCGAGUGUCAUCGAAUAGCAAAAUUGUCACUUGAUCGAAAUUUAGAAGAAGAAGAAGAAGAAAUGAAGCUAUCAGCUCAAGCACGUGUAAGGGUUGCAGAUCCUAGUAAUAGCAGUGAAGCAAAUGGAAAGUACAUUGUCGACAUUUUUGGACAAACCCAUCCUCCUGUAGCCAGUGAGAUAUUUGACUGCAUGAACUGCGGUCGAUCUAUCAUGGCUGGGAGAUUUGCUCCUCAUUUGGAGAAAUGCAUGGGAAAGGGUAGAAAUGCUCGUCAGAAGGUGACAAGAAGCAGCACGGCUGCACAGAACCGGCAUUCACGAGGCAGCCCUGCUUCUGGGUACUCUUCCUAUUCGAAUUCAACGGCAGGCACAUCCCGGUUAUCUAAUGGAACGUCUAGUCUUGCAGGAGAAGAUUACUCAAAUGGAAUUUUUGAAGAUCAUUGAAACAACUGUCCUAUAAUACAACUGUUUAGAUUAUGUGGCUUAUGGCUCUGUAUAUGAUUAAAAUGAAUUUUGGCGUGCGUUUAAUGCUUAUGAGCCAAAAGAGGGGCAUCUGACUUGGACUAGGAAAAGAAAAGGAAAGAUUAAAAAAAAAUUGUUCGCUGGGUUGUUUUGUUUUU